AUGUUUGAUCUGUAUGUGUCUAUACAAUCAGAUGAUCGACUCGAGCAGAUUAGGAAUAAAAAGGAGAAGCACGAACUAGCCGAGGAGAUUGUAGACUUUCUCGUGAUGAAUGAUGACUCGUGGAUGUCUACAAAUCCUGUAAUGCCACGAAAAGAGGCUAUGUUGCCCGUGAUUCAGCCCUCCAGUAUUGCGACUACAAGGAAGAAAGUCAAAGACGAUGAUGAGGAGACACAAGCUUCUGAAAAGCCCAUUUACUAUACGCCAUUGCUUCUAGCAGCAAGCACAGGAAUAGAAGAAAUCGUGAAGGAAAUCAUUGACCUUCAUCCAGCUUCCAUUUAUCACGUGAGUCAUGAUGGGCAAAACAUUCUGCACGUGACUGUGAAGCAUCGCCAAAAGAAAAUCUACAAGCCCCUCAAGAAAUAUGGAGUCCUCAGGAGCUUGGCUGUCGGAAUCAGUAGUGGAGGUUGCACUCUCUUGCACCAAGCUGCAAAGAUAGACUUCUACCAACCAGGUGACCAAGCUGGUGUUGUCUUCCGACUUCGGGAUGAGCUCCAUUGGUUCCAACGAGUACGGAAGAUAAUUCCUGGUGGUGUCGACUUGUAUCGCAAUGACGACAAUAUAACAGCUAGAGAGAUGUUUGAACAAGAACAUUCGGCCAUGCUCAAAGAAGCCACAGACUGGAUAAAGCAGACAGCUCAGUCAUGCUCCACCGUCGUCGUUCUCAUCGCCACCGUCGUCUUUGCUGCAAUGUACACCGUCCCUGGCGGCAACAAUAACGAUGGCUCCCCCAUCUUACGCAACUCACUUGUCUUUCGCUUUUUCUAUACCGCUGACGCUAUAGCCUUGGCAAGCUCUCUGUUGUCAGUGAUGAUGUUCCUCUCCAUACUUACGUCGCCGUUUCGGAUGCAAGAUUUGUAUGAGGACCUCCCACUAAACCUCGCAGAUGGCUUUGGGUGGAUGUUAGUCUCUUUGAUGACCACUAUGCUGACUUUUGGGUCAACAAUUUUACUCACCGUUGGCCAGAAGAAAAUGAACUGGAUUUCAUUUUGGGUUUACUUUGUGAUGGUUCUCCCUUUCAUCAUCUCUGGUUUAACGCAAUAUCCAAUCAUGACCAUCAAGUAUAGGCUGAAAAUUAUAGGGCAACUACUUCUAGACCUUAUACUUGGAAGAAGACAACGGCUAGUAUUAGCACAAAUUCUGAGUCAAAAUAUUCCAGAGCAAGAGAUGUUUUAA